UGUGACCGUGGUGGAAGCUUUCCUUAACACAAGACGCUGAACCCUCCGACACAAGCGGCCGCUGUUAGAGAAAAUACCGGACUGUUUUGCGGGGGCAAAAAAUAAAAAAUAAAAUAAGAGGAAACAAACUUUUUUAAAAAACACUUUUUGUUUAGCAGGUGGCCCUGACGUCACACGGGGUCGCAGUACGCCCAAAAAUAACAACACCACCUCCGCGCACAAGCAAGUGCCUCCCCUGGGGGGGUUUCUAGUCCCAAAUAUACUUGCUUGCUGGGAUACAGCUUGAUGUGUGUUUGAAUCGUAACGAAAAAAAAACAAGCCGCGUCUUUCCUCGCAUUGCGCGUCAUUCAAACAGGACUCAGUGUACUGCUUUUCCCUCUGUUGCAUUAGUAAUAACAGCGGCGUUGACGGGAGACAGCAGGAGAGAGUGUGUGUGUGUCUCCGACAGUGGUGCCCAGCGGAGGAAUAUUUAAGCUUUUUUUAUUUACUCUGCAGCUUGUUGUUCAUUUUCUCUGCGUUAUGGUGAACUUGGACAGUCACGUGUGAAGAUCUCUGCGAGUAUAGAGGACGACGACUUCUCACCUGGUGUGUCCCUUUGACUUUUACCGUGAGGGGAAAUAUACCUGCCAUUUUUUGUGAUAGCUGAAAUCGCUGGAUUCCUUCCACUCCUGUGACGGACAACAAUAGCAAGUUCUCUCCCUAAGGGAUGAAAUAUGCGCACUCUGCGCCCAUAGAAGAAAGCAGACGACACACACUGUAAAGUCCAAAGUGGUUUUAAAUCAUGAUGAUGCAGGAGUCGGCCACAGAGACAAUAAGCAACAGUUCAAUGAGUCAAAAUGGAAUGAGCACCCUAAGCAGCAGCCAAUUAGAGGCUGGCAGUAGAGAUGGGAGAUCAAGCGCUGGUGACACGAGCAGCGAAGUAAGCACAGUCGAGCUGCUGCAUCUGCAACAACAGCAGGCCCUACAAGCAGCGAGGCAAUUACUCUUGCAGCAGCCAGGCAGUGGCCUGAAAUCUCCAAAGAGCCAGGACAAGCAGCGUCCACUGCAGGUUCCAGUGUCAGUGGCCAUGAUGAGUCCCCAGGUGAUAACGCCACAACAGAUGCAGCAGAUCCUCCAGCAGCAGGUCCUUUCCCCCCAGCAGCUCCAGGCCCUGCUCCAACAGCAGCAGGCUGUAAUGCUGCAGCAGCAACACCUGCAGGAGUUUUAUAAGAAACAACAGGAGCAGCUUCAUCUGCAGCUUCUCCAGCAGCAACACCCUGGCAAGCAGGUUAAAGAGGGCUUACGCAAUCGGCUGUCUGGCCCGGCGAUAAACAACUCUGUGAGGCAGCAAGGAGAGCAGAGACAACAGCAGCAGCAGCAGCAGCAGCAGCAGCUGGCCGCCCAGCAGCUCGUCUUCCAGCAGCAGCUCCUGCAGAUGCAGCAGCUCCAGCAACAGCAGCACCUGCUCAACAUGCAGCGGCAGGGCCUGCUCUCGCUGCCCGGGCCCGCGCCCGGCCAAGCCGCCCUGCCUGGACAAACCCUGCCCCCACAAGCAGGCCUCAGUCCCGCAGAGCUCCAGCAGUUGUGGAAGGACGUGACCGGAGGCGGCGGCCACGGCAUGGAAGACAACGGCAUCAAACACAGCAACAGUGGCACUGGCAGUGGCGGGGGUGGCGGUGGCGGCUUAGACCUCUCCACCAACAACUCUUCUUCAACUACCUCCUCCUCCAAUCCCGCCAAAGCAUCACCGCCCAUCUCUCACCAUUCCAUUGCCAACGGACAGUCCCCCGUCCUGAACCACAGAAGAGAGAGGGAAAGGGAACGGGAAAGGGAGCGAGAGAGUUCACUACAUGAAGAAAGUGGAGGGACCCACCCCCUGUACGGCCACGGUGUGUGUAAGUGGCCCGGCUGUGAAAACAUCUGUGAGGACUUCGGACAGUUUUUGAAGCACCUAAACAGUGAACAUGCCCUUGAUGAUCGGAGCACAGCCCAGUGUAGAGUCCAAAUGCAAGUCGUACAGCAGCUAGAAAUACAACUUUCUAAAGAACGUGAGCGUCUUCAGGCGAUGAUGGCCCACUUGCACAUGCGGCCCUCGGAACCCAAGUCAUCUCCCAAACCACUCAACUUGGUGUCCAGCGUCACCAUGUCCAAGAACUUGCCCUCAGCGUCACCCCCCAACUUACCUCAGACACCCACCACGCCCACAGCGCCGAUCACACCCAUGGCCGCCAUGCCCCAGGUACCAUCAGUACUGGGAGGAGCCAACGUCCCCAGCAUGGGAGCCAUGCGCAGACGCCACUCGGACAAAUACUCCAUGCCACUUUCGUCAGGUGGUGACACAGUAUUUAUUUUUCCAGAGAUCGCCCCAAACUACGAGUUUUAUAAGAACGCAGAUGUCAGACCGCCAUUUACUUAUGCAACCCUCAUAAGACAGGCUAUCAUGGACUCUGCCGACAUGCAGUUAACGCUUAAUGAAAUCUACAGCUGGUUCACACGCACGUUCGCCUACUUCAGACGCAAUGCUGCAACUUGGAAGAAUGCCGUUCGCCACAACCUCAGUCUGCACAAGUGCUUUGUGCGCGUGGAGAACGUGAAGGGGGCGGUGUGGACGGUAGAUGAGGUGGAGUACCAGAAACGCAGGUCGCAAAAGAUCACAGGAAGCCCAUCACUUGUCAAGAACCUGCCCUCCAGUCUUGGCUAUGGAACUGCACUAAACGCCAGCUUACAGGCUGCCCUGGCAGAGACCUCCCUGCCUUUGCUGGGGACCCCCGGCCUCAUGAACAGCGGCUCCACGGGCCCGAUGGGCGGCAGUUGCCACGGCCUCCUGGGCGGCGACCCGUCCGGCCUGAUGGGUGGAAGUCCACCUGGACUGUUGGGCGGGAGUCCGCCGGGACUGCUGGGUGGCAGCCCCCCAGGUACGCUGAGCGGCAGCCCCCCCACCCUGAUGCAAUCCGCCCACGAGGAGCUCAACGGCUCGCUCGACCACCUGGACACCAACGGACACAGCAGCCCCGGAUACUCCCCACCAGUACACAUGCAUCAGACAGCAGCAAAGAUAUCCAUAUACAAAUGGCCACCUGUUCACGUGAAGGAGGAGCCACUUAACAUGGAUGACGACGACUGUCCGAUGUCACUGGUGACGACAGCCAAUCACAGUCCAGAGCUGGACGAUGACCGGGAGCUGGAGGAAGGGAACUUAUCAGAAGACCUGGAGUGACUAGGAUACAGUUUUUGGACGACGUAUCCCUUCACCCAGCCGCACUGUUUCUCUCACACAGACCUCCUGCAAGACUAGAAACCACUCCACAGUCCAAGCAACCACAGCUGACUCUCUCUUUGUCUCUCUCACCACUGGGACUAUUUAUUGCGCAUGCAUCCGGAUGGAGACUGGUCCAAAGGAACUCUUUGUUGCAGCCCUUUGGGAUCCCUAAACAUGACAGGCAUGAGAUGUCUGAUUAAAAAAAAUUAACUCUCUGAGACCUAUUUCAUUAGAGAUGGCGUGGCCACAUACAGUAAAGGAUGAUGGACUCAUGGAUGGGGGAAAAACAUGAAACAAAUGAGCAAAUCAUGUUCCGUUGAAAGCUAGCGGCCUCAUAUACUGCCAAAAAGGAAGACGUUUUAUGUUUGUGAAUAAUCCAACCCCCCAGUAGUUGUUAAUGUCUAGAGACAAUUGCUGGUUCAAUUCAAGUUGUUGCUCUGUUAUCAUUUGCACAGGAGUAGUCUCAGAAAUUUGUGUCACUGCCUGUAUGUUGCUACUAUUAUAAAAACCAGUAUAUUAUUUUUAGCUCUUUUUUUUUUUUUUUUUUUUUAACCAUCGUUAAUUUCCAAAUAUGAUUUUAGACACCACCAACUGUAAAUGCCAUUCCCUAAAUCACACCAGUAACGGAACUUCGGUACCAAAACUGUUGUUGCAGCUGUCCAGAAAAAAAAAAAAAAAAAAAAAAAAAAAAAAAAGUUGGCUUCCAGUCUAUUAUCUGUUUGUGAUUAAAAGUUAAAAAAAAACUGGAAAUUCAGUUGGGGAAAAAAUAAUAGUUUGUGUAAAGCACCAUUUACAAAACAAAUGCAUUUCUGCAUCAUUUUCUCCUUGCUGUUCUCCUUACCUCCUCGUUCUAAAGCUUUGUCUACCUGCAAACAGUCACAGGCAACAGCUAGAAACCAAAGCCAACACUAGCAAUGGCCAAUAGCUUAUAGACAGAAGCCACCAAACUCCUCUUGGUCCGUCUUCUGUGACUUUAAACUAGUACAAAGAGAAGCUUUUGUUCCGCAAACUACCUUCGAAUAACCUCUGGGAUUGUUUCAUUUAGCCCUAUACAAAGAUGAUCACGAGUUAAGAGAGAGGGGAAAUAAAUGCUGAUUUUGAUGUGUAAUUUGAUUAACUCAUAGAACGUCCACUUUGGAGAUUUUCUGCCAGACGUACCGUAAGUAUAAAAAAGGUGAUGUGAUAUUUGAACUGCAGGCAUUUUGUGCUGGUGAUUUGACUGGUAGAGAGCAGCUAACUGUAAAAGUGGAUUAUGACCAAAACAAAACAUUUGUGUAUUCAAUGGAAGUGCAGAAACAUUGUGUUGUUGUGAAGUUUAUUUUAAGUUUUUACUCUUUGUUAUGCAUUACACAUCAAAAGUCAUUGGGGUUUUUUUUUUAAUGAUUUUUUUCUAACCUGGUGAAUAUGUAAUGUUCUAAGUGGGACUGUCAAAAUAAUGUCACGUCUUAUUUCCGUGGCGGUUUUGUUUCCGAGCCGCGUUGAAACCGAAACUGAAAACAUCGCUAACCAAACAUGAAAAAUAUCUAGUGAAGCCAAAUAAGUCAUAAUUUCAAGUUGAUAUGAAAUGAUGUGGCUUGGUUACCAUGUAAAAGCAAAUAAUAAUAGCCAUUGCAGAAGAGGAUAUCUAAGGUGAGAGUUAACCUUUUCUAGGUGAUAUUUGCUUUAACUUGUCAUCAAAAAUACUCAUUGUGUGUUUCAUAGCUUCUAAACUCUACAGAUGCAACCGGUGUCAGCACUGAUGUACUCUGUAUAGGUAGCCAGCUUUUUAUAACACACUUGGUAUUUAUAAGAAACUAAAGAGAAGUAGUUAUUGUGGAGACCACGUCCCAUCAUUUCCCUCACAGCUAAUGUCAUCUAGAAAAGUGUUGUUGCUUUAAUGGUCAUUUCUGUUUUCAGUAAACCAAAGUUACACAAAAUUCUGCCUCCUCUUGUAUGGGAUAAAGAAAUGCUCAAAAAAAAAAAAACAACCACACACACCCUGGCAGAGACUAGCAUACAUGCGCACGUACAGACACACACACACAUAUAUACAUACACACACACACACACACACACACACACACACACACAGACACGGACCCCGAGCUUUUGCCAACUUUCUCUCCAGCUGCAGAAAAUGUACGCUGUCAAAGAACCGACGAGUGGCUUUGUAUCGUGCUGUAACGAGCAAUGCGUCUGCCUGCUUUGACCAAAGUGGAAACACUGUGCUUAUGUUGUUUUCAAGUGUUGUGCCAAGCCAAGGAAUUGGCUGUAAGAGCUUAACACGCAGACACAUGCAGUACUGUACAAACACACAGCAUGUCAAGUACAUACACACACAUACACACACACACAUAUAUACCAGUUCCACGUCAAGAGGGUACUGGGCCCAGGAACAAAGCUUAUCCCUUCAAUACUUAGCUGGAGUCAGCAAAACGACUUGAAGACAACGUUCUUAAUAAUCUUAUCACACCAAAUAAAAAGGACGUGGCGUCUUUCAAAAAAAAAAAAAAAAAAAGGGUUCUCCCACUUACCCAAAAAGGCUUUCUAAAAGCUUCUACCUCUGCACAACAAAUUCAGAACAAUUAUGACAGAUUGCACGAGUUAUUAGAAUGCCACAAGAGCUGUUACACUUUACUACGCUUGUCUCAUAGGACGUGGCUCAAACCAACGUUUACAUUCCCUGCGUCAAGAUAUGGAAGAUUUGCAUUGUAAUAGGUUGUCCUCAAACAUUUGUAGAAUGAUAAUGUAUAGAUUACCUGUAAGGGAAUAUUGUGUUUUAAAAAUGCAUGUCUAAAAAUCAUUUGGUGGACUGGAAACAAGAACCAAUAAAAAGAAUAUAAUAAAAAUCAUCGGGACGAUGGCCUAAAUGUACGUACAAUGCAUAGGAGUGCAUUACCUCAGAUAUACUGUUUUGGGAGGGAUAAAACCUGUCAGCCACAGAAUGCAUAUUACCUGUAGAUUUGCAUGGGUUUUGUAUAAAUUAAGUAAAAAAAUGUCUAAAAUAGUUGCUUGCACAUAAUACCAGAAAGACCUCCAGAACUGCGAUCUGCUCCUCCACUAGAUUUUAGGAUUGUCUGGAUUUUCUGGGUUGAUUUUGUCUGUAUUUUGAUAACUGUGCAUACUUAUGUAAAAAAAUGUUGGUGGACCCAUAAAUUUACCAGACUUUUUUCUAAGAGGAAAAAAAAAUCUCAGUGUUUCUUUUCUGACUUACCUGAAUUUUUACUGUUUCUCUCUCAUUGCUCGCUAAGAAUAGCAAACCUGCUUUUUCUGCAUCUGCUUUGCGUAGCUGUAAGGCUUAACCUAAUGUGUGUAUUUAUUGCUUGUACCUCUGUGCAUACUUUAUGAAGCAUUAUGUCUGGCAGUUGAGUCAUGUAUCCUUUCUACUGCUAUCCUUCUCUAAUAAUUGGGAAUAUGAUCCCCCUAUGUAUACAGUAAAUUGGGACUGUAGCAAACAUAUGUUUAUGUAAUUGGUGAAAACUUUUUUCGUUUGUUUCAUUUCCUUUUGAUCGAGAUUCAACUACUUUUUUUGAUACUUUUCAUUACUGUGUACUGUGUCCAUACUUUAAAGGUUCUCUGACAUUAGAAGGUCAUGGUUGAGAAUUGUAACAGACGUUAUUAUUUUAUGUAUUCAUGGCAUUUCACUGCUGAAUAAAAUAAAGGACCAAAACUUGGAAUUUGAAAAGCAA